AUUGGAGCGUUCGCUCAUUGGCUCCUUCAUUGAUGACCUAAAGUUCUUCCCGCUUCUUUCAACUUCCUUCUUCUUCUUCUUCUUCUUCUUCUUCAAGUCCGGCGAAGAAGAAAGCCAAAGUUGAGAUGACUACAACAACAACAACCCCAAACUGGCUCGAACUUCCCAGAGACCUAACUGCAAACAUUCUCCAAAGGCUUGGUGCUGUCGACAUUCUGACGAACGUUCGCAAUGUGUGUCCUUAUUGGUGGAACAUUUGCAAAGAUCCUUCUAUCUGGCGUGAAAUUCAUAUGGGAAAUUUUCAAUUUUACUUUGAAAGUUCUAAUCGUGUGACUCCUGAUCUUGAUGAUCGUUUGGUCAAGAUGUGUCAAUAUGCUGUUGACCUAAGUUCCGGUCAUUUGGAAAAAAUUCAUAUUUACAGAUUUGGUACUGAUAAUCUUCUCCGUUACAUCGCUGAUAGGGCAAGCCACUUAAGGUGCAUACAGCUUGAAUGCUGUGUGAGAAUUUCAGAUGAAGGAUGGUGCGAAGUUGCAAAGAAGUUUCCACUAUUAGAGGAGGUUGGCAUUUCACAUGGCUUCCAAUGUAAGAAAUCUCUUGAAGUUAUUGGCCAAAGUUGCCCUCUUUUGAAAUCGCUGACACUUUAUGGGAUGCCGUUAGGCGCCAUGUGGAAUGAUGAUGCGUUUGUUAUUGCAAACACAAUGCCUGGUUUACGCCAUCUUGAUAUUCGUGGAAACCGAUUAACUAAUGUUGGGUUGCUUGCCAUUCUUGAUGGUUGUCCUCUGCUUGAAUCUCUUAACAUUGAAGGAUGCGAUAAUCUGGAUAUCACUGAAAGCUUGAGGCAAAGGUUGAAUAGUCAAAUCAAAGAUUUACUAAUUUUGGAGGGCUGUCCAGACUCUUAUAAUAAUGUUCAACUCGAGUUUGCAUAUGAAGAUUCAAGUGAUAGUUCGUAUUUGGAAUAUGUUGAAAAGUUCGAUGACGAUGAUAAGGAGGAGGAGGAGGAGGAUGUGGAGGAGGAGGAGGAGAUAGAGGAUGAAGAGGAAGAGGAGGAGGAUGAGGUAGAGGCAGAGGAGGAAGAGGUGGAGGAGGAGGAAGAUGAUGAUGAUGAUGAUGAUGAUUAUUAUGAUGAUGAUGAUGAUGAUGAUGAUGGUGAUGAUUAUUAUGAUGAUGAUCAUGAUGAUGAUGAUGUUGAUGAUGAUGAUGAUUAUGAUGAUUAUGAUGAUGAUUCUGAUACUUAAUUUGGAAGUCAAAGCAAAGUCUUGUAGUGACUGGCGAGGAAGUUGUUAUUAUUCGUUUUUUGGCAUGUCUUAUUUUAAGUGGAAAUUUGGAUGGUUAUUAUCCUUGAAGAGACUUGGAUGUUAAUGUUGUUUUAAAGGAAUUUUGUGGAAGACAUUGGAUAACUUGGUCUUUUAUUUUUAUAUAAUGUAAAUGUACUUCAAUUUCCUAGGAAUCUUGUACCCGUGCUUUAUAGUUUAUCUUUUUUAGUUUUUUAACUGAAUGAUUAUGAAAGUUGUGUUUUAGUUCA